CGCCACCACCGCCACUGCCGCCGCGGCUUCAGCACCAGCGCCCGGACAGCGGCGCCGCCCACGGGCAUGGACGGUGUUAGCAGCGGCAGCGGCGGCAACAGCGGUCCGGCUCCCGGCUCGGGUCCGGAAGGGGAGCAACAGCCCGACGGGGAGCUCUUGGCCCCAGAUGGCAGUUCCCCGGAGAGCAUCCAGACCAAGGCUGUGGCCCCUGAGGCAAGCCCAGAGAGAAGCUGCUCCCUCCACAGCUGCGCCCUUGAGGAUCGUUCCAGCUAUUCAGGACCCCCACCAACAAAUUCCAUUCUCCAGCCUGCGGGUCUGUCCAGCCCCUUGGUCCCUGCCCACUUCAUCUAUCCUCACAUACCACAGGAAUACCAGGGGAGCAAUUGCCUGCCAGGACAUGGGGACCAUACAGCUCUUUGCUCCCAGGGCUCCAGUCUCAGCCCUUCCCCAACCUUCUCACAGCAUGAUGGGGUCUGGAAACCACCCUCUCUGCAGCACCAUGUGGUCAGCGUCAGGCAGGACCGGGCCUUCCAGAUGCCAAAGAGCUAUGCCCAGCUGAUUGCUGAGUGGCCAGUGGCCGUACUGCUCCUAUGUCUGGCUGUUGUCCUCCUCUGCACACUGGCUGGACUUUUAGGAGGCCGGCUGCCUGACUUCUCCAACCCUUUGCUGGGCUUUGAGCCUCGGGACACAGACAUUGGGCGCAAGUUAAUGGUCUGGAGAGCACUGCAGGCUCUUACAGGCCCCAGGAAGCUGCUUUCCUUUUCCCCAGAACUAGAGCUGAACAGCUCAAGCUCCCACAGCUCUUUAAGCCCUGCACCCCAGGAGGGCAUUGUCCGGCCUCGGAGGAUGGUGGAGCCCCUGGAGGACAGAGGGCAGGAGAGCUUCUUCUGUGGCCCUCCUGAGAAGAGAUAUGCACAGCUGGUGUUCAUGGCCACCUCGGAGGGCAGCCUAUGGAACCUGCAUGCCAUCCACUCUAUGUGUCGCCUGGAACAGGACCAGAUCCGCACCCAUGCCCAUUUUGGGGCUCUGUGCCAACAAACAGCAACCAAGGAAUGCUGCCCCAGCUGGUCCAUGGGCAACUAUGUAGCUGUGCUCUCCAAUCGAUCCUCUUGCCUGGACACUACUGAAGCUGAUGCAGCCCGCAUACUGGCCCUGCUUCGCGUCUGUGCAGUCUUCUACCACCGACACACCCUGGUGCCCGCCUGUCUGGGACCUGGGCAGGACAAGCCCCCAUUUUGUGCCCAGGUUCCCACCAAGUGCUCCCAGAGCAGUGCCAUCUACCAACUCUUGCACUUUCUGCUUGACAGGGACUUUCUGAGUCCCCAGACUGCUGACUACCAGGUGCCCUCCCUCAAAUACAGCCUGCUCUUCCUGCCCACCCCAAAGGGUGCUCCCAUGCUGAGCAUUUACCUGGACCGGCUAAUCGCCCCGUUGGAGCUCGCUGACAACUACACUUUUAUCACUGGCAUGGACCUGGGAGUAAAGCAGGAACUGCUGAAGUACUACCUGGUGCAGGAUACGGUGUACCCCUUCCUGGCCCUGGGUGCCAUAGUCCUUGGCAUCGCCCUCUACCUGCGCUCACUUUUCAUGGCGCUCAUGGUGCUGCUGGGGGUGCUGGGCUCCCUGCUGGUUGCCUUCUUUCUUUACCAAGUGGUUUUCCGCAUGGCCUACUUUCCCUUUGUCAAUCUGGCGGCCGUCAUCCUCCUCAGCAGCGUCUGCACCAACCACACACUCAUCUUCUUCGACCUAUGGCGCCUUAGCAAGCGCCAGCUGCCCUCUGGGGGACUGGCGCUUCGAGUGGGCCGCACCAUGCACCACUUUGGCUACCUGCUGCUGGUCUCUGGCCUCACAACUAGUGUGGCUUUCUACGCCAGCUACCUGAGCCGCCUGCCAGCCGUGCGCUGCUUCGCCGUGUACAUGGGCACGGCUGUGCUGGUGCACCUGGCACUCACGCUGGCCUGGCUGCCCGCCUCCGCUGUGCUGCACGAUCGCUAUCUGGCACGCUGUUGUGUGCCCCGGGAGCAGGGUCCGCGGGGAGGCAGCGCGCUCCGGCGGCUGGCGCGGACACUGCACCGGCGGCUCCGCAUCCUUCGAAAGGCGGUGACCAUCACCUCGCGCCUGCUCUUCCAGCGCCUACUGCCCUGUGGCGUCAUCAAGUUCCGCUACAUCUGGAUCUGCUGGUUCGCGGCGUUGGCGACAGGGGGCGCCUACAUCUCCGGCGUCAGCCCCCGCCUGCAGCUGCCCACUCUACAGCCCUCCAUUGGCCAGGUCUUCCAGCGGAGCCACCCCUUCGAGCGCUACGACGCAGAGUACCGCCAGCAGUUUCUGUUUGAGCAGCCUCCUGAGGACAGGGCCAUCCGCAUGCCCGUGGUUUUGGUGUGGGGUGUUCUGCCUAUGGACACUGGCGACCCCCUGGAUCCCCUUAGCAACAGCUCGCUGGUGAGUGACCCUACCUUCUCAGCCAGCAGCCCUGAGGCCCAGCGCUGGCUGCUGGCACUUUGCCAUCAGGCCCAGAAUCAGAGCUUUUUUGGCACCCAGCCCGAGGGCGGGCCCACGCUGUGUUUCAUGGAGACCCUGCAGCACUGGAUGGAGAGCCCCAGCUGCAGUCGCCUGGGGCCUAACCUCUGCUGUGGCCAUUCAGACUUUCCCUGGGCCCCACAGCUCUUCCUGCACUGCCUGAAGAUGAUGGCCUUGGAGCAAGGCCCCAAUGGCACCCUUGACCUGGGACCCCGCUUUGACACCCAAGGCAGCCUGGCUGCCCUGGUUCUGCAAUUCCAGACCACCUUCCUAUAUACUCCAGACUACAGCGAGACCCAUCGCUUCUACAAUGAGGUCAGCCACUGGCUGGCAGCAGAGUUGGGCACGGCACCCCCAGGCCUCCGGGGUGGUUGGUUCACUAGCCGUCUGGAGCUGUUCAGCGUGCAGCACAGCCUGACUACUGAGCCUCCUGUGGUGCUGGGCCUGGCUCUGGCACUGGCCUUUGCCACACUGCUGCUGGGUACCUGGAAUGUUCCACUCAGCCUCUUCUCCGUGGCAGCUGUGGCAGGUACUAUACUGCUCUUUGUUGGACUCACAGUUUUGCUUGAGUGGCAGCUUAACACUGCCGAGGCUUUCUUUCUCUUUGCCUCUAUGGGCCUCUCAGUGGACUUCACCAUCAACUACUGCAUCUCCUAUCACCUGUGCCCACACCCUGACCGCCUGAGCCGUGUGGCCUUCUCCCUGCGCCAGACCAGCUGCGCCACAGCAAUGGGGACUGCAGCCCUGUUUGCAGCUGGCGUGCUCAUGCUGCCUACCACAGUGCUACUCUAUCGCAAGCUGGGCAUCACCCUCAUGAUGGUCAAGUGCAUCAGCUGUGCCUUUGCCAGCUUCUUCUUCCAAUCUCUAUGCUGUUUCUUUGGCCCAGAGAAGAACUGUGGACAGAUCCUCUGGCCCUGUGCCCACCUGCCAUGGGAUGCUGGUACUGGGGAGCCUGGUGGGGAGAAGGCAGGCCACCCACGACUAGGGCCUCUGGGGAUGGUGCCUGGGUCCUGCUCAGAGCAAUAUGAGCUACAGCCCUUGGCACGACGCCGGAGCCCCAGCUUUGACACCAGCACAGCCACCAGCAAGCUGUCCCACCGACCCUCAGUACUCUCUGAGGACCUACAGAUGCAUGAUGGUCCCUGCUGCUCCCGGCCCCCACCAGUCCCUGCUUCCCCAAGGGAGCUGCUCCUGGACCACCAGGCAGUCUUCAGCCAAUGCCCAGCCCUGCAGACCUCCUCCCCCUAUAAGCAGGCUGGCCCCAGCCCCAAAACCCGGACCAGGCAGGACUCCCAAGGGCAGGAAGCUGAGCCCCGGCAGGCCUCACCAGAAGCCCCAGCCCACUCGCCCAAGCCCAAGGCUGCAGAGCCUCCUGAUGGCCUCUGCUCCUCAGCCAGCACCUUGGAGGGGUUGAGCGUCUCCGAUGAGACCUGCCUAAGCACCUCUGAGCCCAGUGCCCGUGUACCAGAUUCCGUGGGUGUCUCCCCUGAGGACCUGGAUGACACUGGGCUGCCAGUACCUGAGCGGGGCCAGAUGAAUGGGAAGCGGGAUACCCUGUGGCUGGCGCUGAAGGAGACGGUGUACGACCCAUUAAUGCCCACCUCCCACCAGAGCAGCUUGUCCUGGAAGGGCCAUGGGGGAGUGGGGGGUGGCAGUCCUGUGAUGGUGCCCAACAGCCGGCCAGAUCUGCCUGACGUCUGGCUGCGCAGGCCCAGUACCCACACAUCUGGCUAUAGCAGCUAAGGAAGGCCCUGGAAGGCCAGGCCUGGGGCGCAGAGCCCUGUCCAGAUGAUAAGGCAGAGCAGCAGCAGGCUGGACCCUAAAGCUCUUUCUCCUUGUCUACAUGGAGAGGUCUCACCCUCCAGCUAUGGAUUUUAAACCCUGCCAGAGGCUCCAGCCUUGAUUUGGUUGCUGCUUACUCCUCACAUCUGGAGGAUUCCACAGGGAGGGUCUUGGGAGGGGACUUGCUUGUGACCUACUGAGGCCUUGUCUGCCCCACAGUCCCAACCAUGACCCCUCCUCUAGAAAGGGGGAAGGCCAGAUUUGUAGCUCCAGGAAUCAGGGGAGGCUGACCUGACCCUCAUCCCAAGUGACGAGAAGUUCAGUGAAACUAAGGACCCCAUCAUUGGAAUCCUGAUGGAGUACCUCACUGACCAGAGGGCCCUCAGGAACCUAUGCAGCCUCCUAAGUCUCACCCCUUUCAUGGGCUCAUCCGGGACCCUCCCCUCUCUUUGGGAAGCUUUUCUGGGCCGGGAUUAGGCUGGGGCCCCUGUCCUGAACUGCCCUGCUCUCCUCACACUCACCAAUCUAACUAGAAAUUCUCCAAGCUGGGCACAGAUGGUUUCUGGGAGUGGAGCAAGAGGAGGGAUGGUCAGCCUUAGAGUAUUCCUAAAUUGCAGGACAGUCCCCCUUUGGAAGCAGGCUGCGGUGCUCUCCCCUGUUACUGAACAAUAAUAAUCCUUUACCUCCCUG